AUGCAGAAUGAUCGUGGGCUCCCGCCUUUCGCACCGUUCAGGAGUAUGGAGGAGUGGGAGCAUCUGCAAUGGCUCGUCACGAGCGGGGCAAGUCAAAGCAAGAUUGACGAGUAUCUGAAGCUUAAGUCGAUUCGUGCUAUGGGCUUCUCGUUUCACAACAAACGGAGCUUCCUGCAGUUCAUUGACAGGCUCCCGCAAGCACCGGCUUGGUCGUGUCGAAGCUGGAGUGUGGAGGGAAACAUCACGGACAAAAACGGCAACCCAAUGACCGAGGACAUCGAGCUGUGGCAGCGCGAUCCCGUCGAGUGCAUUCGGGAUCUUCUUGGGAAUCCUGCCUACAACGGACAUCAAGGUUACGCACCGUAUCGGGUAUUCCGUGACCUUGAUCAAGACGGAAAUGGUGUAAACCUCAUUCUUGCGUCGGACAGGACACAGUUGUCGGCGUUUAGUGGCGACAAGCAAGCCUGGCCGGUGUAUCUCACCAUUGGCAACAUUGCAAAGAACAUCCGCCGUCAGCCUUCCUCGCGCGCGACCGUGCUCAUUGGCUAUUUGCCCUGCGCGAAGCUCACCUGCUUCGACGAGAAGCGCCGGUCGCUCGAGGGAUACCGGCUGUUCCACAAGUGCAUGACCUACCUCCUUGAAUCGCUCCACGAUGCUGGACUGAACGGGGUGGAGAUGCUUGCGACGCUGACCGUGCUCGAGCAGAAGGCGGCUGGGGAGAAUCCUGCUGAAUUCAAGGAGCUCAACCUCCGCGCCGUCAAGCCAUUCUGGGAGCACUUACCGCAUACGAAUAUCUUCUCGUGCAUGACUCCCGAUCUCUUGCACCAGGUCCACAAAGGCGUCUUCAAGGAGCAUGUUGCGAAGUGGUCAACACUGGCUAUCGGCAUCCCGCGAUCUGACAUGGAUGAGCAUGCGCAACGACGGGAGAUGGACGCGCGCUACCUUACCAUGCCGCUCCAUCACGACCUUCGACAUUUCGACAAAGGCAUCUCGGGCACGACGCAGUGGACCGGCAAGGAACAGAAGCACAUGGAGAAGGUGUUUCUUGGUGCGCUGGAUGGGGGUGUCGACGUAGAAGUUGUCCGUGCGGUCCGUGGUGUGCUGGACUUCAUAUAUUACGGGCAUUUCGAGCGGCAUACCGACGAGUCGCUGGCGGAAAUUGAAGCUGCGUGCGCGAUGUUCCAUGAUCACAAGCAGAUCUUUGUGGACCUGGGCAUUCGUAAGCACUUCAACAUCAGCAAGAUCCACGCACUGCUUCAUUAUGCCGACGCGAUUCGCUCGCGAGGGACUGCAGACGGUUUCAACACCGAGGGGACAGAGCGCUUACACAUCGAUUUGGCGAAGCUGGGAUAUCGCGCAUCCAGCCGCAAGCAGUAUCUUGCGCAGAUGACGCGCUGGUUAGCGCGGCAAGAGGCAGUCUGGCGCUUUGGGACAUUCCUUCAGUGGGCGAUGCCUGGCUACACCGCCGCGGGAGAUACAGUGGACGACGGCGAUGAUGAUGACGAUGAUGCGGAUAUAGGGGAUGGGCGCGAAGCGGAGAGGGAGGAUGUGAGCGAGCAGGACAUGGCGGAGGAGGAGGAGGACAAGGAUGAUGAAGAGGAAGGUGACGAGGAUGAGUACGACGAAGAGAAUUACCGCGUCGCAAAACAUCCCCCAUUCCCACGCUUAACCCUUGCCUCGAUCUUCCGCGACUACCACGUCGACGAGCUCCGCUAUCACCUCCUCCGCUUCCUUGACCAGCAGGGCAUUGUUCCCUUGCGUACCGACCUCGACGAGAACUCCCCCGUCACAUUUCCAGUCUACAAGCAGGUCAAGCUCAAGCUUCCUCCCCUUCCCGAAGCCGCUUCGGAAUCGGACGACGACAAGGUUGUGGCUAUCCCAGCAAGGCCUCGUCGGAUCACUGGAGUCGGCACUGUGAGGCCCGAGGCAGCUGCACAAUGGGGGACUGCCCUUGUGCGAGAUCGUGAAGCAAGACCAGGGGCUGGGCCUUUGGAUGGCCUUACCCCUGCUCGCAUACGGCUCAUCUUCAAGCUACCAGCUACAGUCGGGACAUACCGCCACCCCCUCGCCUACGUCGACUACUACACCCCCCUCUCCGAUAGCGCUGCCUACAACAAAGACAUCGGAAUGUUCUGCAUCAAGCGCGCCACACGCCAGGGUGUUCAGCAUUCUGCUGUUAUACCUGUAACACGCGUGGUUCGCUCCUGUCACCUGAUCCCAUACUUUGGCCGCUCCGUCCAUCCUUCCUGGACUGCGACCUGCGUUUUGGAUGUCGCCCCCAAGUUCUAUGUCAACCCAUACCUCAGACAUCAUGAUUUCUUCCUCCUUCGCUUCCUAUACGAACGGUACCGGCGCGAGCGCGAGCGAAGCAUCACGAUCCCCGCAUCACGCCGCGCAGAGGGACCACCCGCGCAGGGAGAUGCUCCUGCAGCCAAAAGAGUCCGCCGCCGUUAAUAGUAAAAUCAAUAGUUUUGAUCAUUAUAUGAAUGGAUUGGAUUUGUACUUUACUCCUAUGUGACGCGUCUUUCUUUUCUAUGAAGAUCGACACUGGCUUCUGGAGUGUGCCAAAC